AUGGAUUCGGAUGUCCCACCGAACGAAAAGAAGCGCGACAGUAAACGCAAGUCGCGCUUUGGCUGCCGAAACUGCAAAUUGAGGAAAUUAAAGUGUGACGAGACGAGGCCCCGUUGCAUGAGAUGUCGUACGUACGGCGUCCUGUGCAACUUCGGGGUCAAUGUGCCCGAUCUGCAGCCGCUCUCUGAGGAACUAGUGAGGCAAGCAAUAGGAAAACGAUCUGGAUUGCCAUCACCGCUGUCAAUUAUCGGCAAUGCCAUAUGGGCUGACGAUGGAUCAACAUUUUUCAUGCUAGAUCUGCAUGAUCAAGCACUUUUCAACCGGUUUCGAUACCGGACCCUAUACUCUCUUGGUGACUCUGCAAUGGUCGAUAUCUAUGAAAAUCAUAUGUUACAACUCUCUUUCACCGUGAGUCCAAUCAGCCCAAAGACAACUUCUGAAUUGUACUGA